GGUUCAACUACAUCGUGGACCGUAGUGAACGUAUGAUUAUAUUCAUGCCUCAUCGAUGAGGAGCUGUUGAGGAUGUCAUGAGACAUAAUGUGUAAUUAUUACAGUAGCAAACGCGAUUAGAGUAAUAUGUGACAUUGAAAUAAAAAGUGUAAAGAUUUUAAAAUCCCUGUUGGUUUUAUUAUUCUAUAUACAUACUGAAAUUUACCGCUGGAGGUGGUAAAUGCGAUUCUCUUUACAUCAAAGCCAGUAAUUUUAACUUAUGCGUAUACAGAAAUAAUAUACACUUGUUAUCAAAUUUUGCGUGUAAAUUUUCUGUGAUACCUCGAGUGAUAGAAAUGAAUAAGUAAAAGAAAAAAAAAAGUUGUCGACAUUAAAAAAGUUACUUAAUUCGAAAUCAGUAAUUAAUUCCAAUCAUUUCAUCCACCCACCCAAGAUAAAUUAUCCUCAAAGGGAGAAAAGAAGAAAAAAAACUUCUUUCACACAACUAUCCUGUACUUUUAUGCAUUAUUAGUAAAUAAAUUCCAAGAAAUACACAACAAUACUAAUCACUGAUAAAGAAAUAUAUUAAAGAGAAUGACAGAAAGUUUGAUCAACGAAUGGCUCGCAGAUUGUGCCGAUCUUUCCCCUACCGAGUUACACACAUUUGCAAAUACUCUAUCGCAAGACAAUGAGAUAGUGCGAGCUCUCUACGCCGUACUCGAUGAGCGCAGCAAAUACAGCCAGCUCGUCGAUACGGUCUGCAAUCAACUAUAUGGCUUUUAUCGAUCCAGAGAGAUUGAACUGCAAAGAUUUACACUGCAGUUUCUACCGACGCUGAUAUACAUUUAUUUAAAUUCUGUUGCUCAUGGUGAUAAAAAGAGUUGCCGCACUGUAGAGACGCUGUUGAUUGGUCUUUACAACUUGGAAGUGGUCGACGAGUCUGGACAGCCCAAAGCUGUUUCUUUCAGACUACCAUCACUUGCUAUGCCUUCAAUCUACCAUGAGCCAAUGAGCUUGGCUCCAGCUUCGCUGACCGAAAGUGCGUUGCGUCGUUUGGAAGAAUGCAAUACUAAACUUGUCAGCUGGGGACCAUUGCCACAAGUCGAAGCCCUGAAUGCUCAGAAUAGAUUGAAAGUUAUGACCGCUCUGCUUUUUGUCUACAAUCAACAACUCAGUCGUCUUGAUAAAUCAGCUCUUGAACAGCUGGGAAAAGUUGCUACCAAACUUGUGACACAAGGAUUCACAAAACCAGGACACCAUCAAAGAUCAUCAUAUGGAAGCGAUUCAAGCUUUGUUCCGAGGCUUCUGCCUCGCAUACCUGUAUCAGCUCAGUUUCUCCUUGAGUUUCUCCAUGCUGUAUACUUUGCCAUGUACAACGACUGUUGGUACGUGGGAAGCCAAGCACUUGAGGACAUUCACAACAGAGCAUGUUUUGAGGCAUACCCAGACGUCAUGUUGGUGACCAAUGCAAUUCGCAAUUCCAGCAGCUCUGGCUCGUCGGGGCAACCUGGUGAUGGGCCUAUGGGCAUCAGUGUUGCACUAUCCCCAGCAACAGCUACUGUUACUGUGUCCAAGUCAAUGAUUACCAAUGCAUCAUUUCGUACAAAGAAGUUGCCAGAUGAUAUUCCAAUUCAAACAGCAAAGGAUGACUCAGGGGGAGAAGGUAAGGGCAACCUAGUUUCUAUCACGGAAGAGCAGGAAACAGGCGACCCAAAUCGUGCUGGCUCUAUGCGCCAGGCCAAGGAUUCUAAGGCUACCUCGAAAAUUCCGAACUUUCCUGGAUUAGGAAAAAAGCCCAAGGAUAAAGAUGGAAAGUCAGCGAAAAAUGGUUAUGUCACAAAUAUUGAUAAGGAUAAAAAAAUUGGAUCAUCACAGAUGUCAUCAAAAGAGAACAUAAAAGGUAGUCGUUCUAUGCUUAAUAACGACAGCCAAGAAGUUGAGGGCUCUGUAAAUGGAAUUUCCACAAGAAAGAAAAAUUCUGAUACCAAUCCCAGUGCAUCAGACUCCAGUAUGGCUUUGAUUGAAAACGAACGGCUGGUCAAAGUUCCUGAUGUCACAGAAGAUAUCAAUUCAGAAACACCUUUAACAUUAAGAAACCUUAGUGAGUCAGAAUCGUUGAAUAAUUCUGUUCAAGUUAGCUCUGUAUGAGCUUGUAGAAAUCCAGAAUCAAAAUAAAUUAAGGAUGUAGGAUACCGAUCAGUAAAUUGCGAAUCCGAAACACACCUGUUUUGUGUGAACUUUGAAAAUAAUUCGAGGCCUAUCAGAAAGUAAUACAGGGUAACGUAGCACGGUAUCCCAUAUUCUUAGUACAGUAAAGUUUAUUCAGAAGGGAGAGAGCAACUAAUCAAAACUAUAAGUAAGAAUGUAAAAUUGCAAUAAAUAAACGAUUUGUUGAGUUGCUCUCUCUCUACUUGACUUUUAAGUUAUAUAACAAUUACUUAUCGACGAGGCCACGCAGUCGCUGUUCAUUAUAAUUGACGUGCGUAAGAGCCUGAAUCAUACAUUGUUGAGUUUAUAUAAAUAUACAUUAUACCCGUAGCUCUCAUUUCUUGGAGCGAAAUGUUAUUGUUAGAUAAAAAAAAAAAUUUAUUCUUCGAAGACACGGGUCAACUCUAAGCCAAUUUAAAUUUAAAGGCAGUGGGGAUGCUUCAGCAUUUUCAAACUUGCCUAUUGCGACCGAAUAUUCCAUAGAUAUAUUAAAGUUAGAAAUUAAUUGGUAACUUUUGAAAUCAGAAAAGCAUUACUAAUAUCUAUUGGUAAAUUGGAAAGUUUGCUUUGGUUCGGAAAACUUUUAUUAAGUUUUAGAAACACACCUUCAAAAUCAUCAAAUUUAUAUUUCACCUGCUUUGACCGAAUAGGUCACUUUCUCGAUAGAGUAAUCUGCUUUUGUUAAAUAGAUAGUUAACGAACUCAGAUCUGUAAUUUUGGCUUGGAAACGUGAGGUUCUUGCUGAUUGAAUGGUGAGGGGGUGACCCAUGCCGUUAAUUGGUGGAAAUGUAGUCUGUAGCCAAGUGAGGUCUCAGCGGCUUCCGUACUUUUGGAAUCUAUAGUGGAUUAUGUAUUGAAAUAAUAUAAUAGUAAACUUCCUAUUAAUACCGAACACUCGGUACAUCCUUGGUAACGAUGAAUUCAAACUUUAUCCGUACAUUAGUAUCUAUAAUUACAUAUAGAAUUUACAGACAACUGGAAUAACGUACUCUACUAAGCUUACUACUUACCAAGCUAAGGGAAUAAUAAGAUUAUGCUAAUAUUGACACGUUGUACAAGACGAUUGUAGAAAACUGAUCUUUCAAUGUAAAUUUUUCAAGUUAUUACCAUCAUUAUAAUCAUUAUCAUUCAUUGACUGAAUCAUUUAAUCUUGAAUUUUAUCACUGCUGGCAUUGUUACUUAUUUAUAUUAUUUACUCAAACUAAAGUAACAAGUGAAGCAGCGAUAUUAGAACAAAAAUAUUAUAGACAUUGUUUUGAAGUGUUUCAAUUUUGGAAACUGAGUUUUGCUGAUUGAUUUAUAUUCAUUUAUGUUUGUUAUCCGGAUGAUCAAACAACUUAAUUUAUUUUCUAUAAUUUUCGUAAGUUAUUUUAGAAAUUAGGAAACCUAUUAUUUUAUAGAGGUGUUGUUUUGCAUAAAAUAAUUAUACACGAUAAUCUCUCAA